AAAUUACAAAUGUAAAAUUUGAAGUGAAAUAGGAGAGAUAAAAGAAAAGGAAGUUUAAUUUUAGAUUCGGAUUGAAGAAGUAGCAGGAAGAGGGGGUAGAAUAUAUUUGAGUGGAUGUGGUGGUGAUGAUGAUGGCCUUGAAGUUGCGGCGACAAUGGGUGGUAGGGUGGUUGGGCUUGGUGGUAGCUGUGUGGAUGCAGAUAAUGUUAUUUUGUCCCAUAUCCCCAGAUUCAGACUCAGUUAUUGAAUUGCCUUCUUCCUCCUUAACACCCUUGAACAAGGAGUUGCAGAAAUUAGUUAAAUUAGGAGAGGGUUUUGUGAAGGAUGCAGAAGAUGUUUGUGUGGAUGAAUCAGCAGGUAUUGUGUAUGUGGGUUCCAGGAAUGGGUGGAUCAACAGAUUACAUCCCAACGGAUCUUGGGAGAAUUGGAAGAACGCCCACUCCCAAACUCUCCUUGGGCUCGCUCCUUCCCCAUCCAACCACCAAUGGGGAAUCCUCGUCUGUGAUACUCAAAAGGGCAUCCUUAAAGUGAAUGAAGAUGGAUGUUCUGUCCUUGUUUCUUCUCAUGUGAACCAAACCAGAAUGAUAAGCUUUGCAGACGAUGUGGUGGAGGCGGCGGAUGGCAACAUUUACUUGAGCGAUGCAAGCUCUAAAUUUGGACUUCAUAAUUGGUAUUUGGACUUUCUGGAAGCUAAGCCUCACGGUCGCCUCCUUAAGUACGAUCCUUCCUCACACCAAAUAUCAACCCUUCUCGAUAAUCUCCAUUUCGCCAAUGGCGUUGCUCUCUCUGCAGACCAGAGUUAUGUGGUCGUCUGUGAAACUUUCAAAUAUAGAUGUGUCAAGUAUUGGGUGAAGGGACAAAAACAAGGGGAAACCGAAAUAUUGAUAGACCAUCUUCCAGGAGCGCCUGAUAACGUAAACCUAGCCCCGGACGGCUCCUUUUGGAUAGCUCUACUCCACCCGAUUCGUGAUGGGUGGGAGUUGGUUGUGAGGUCUAAGAUGGCGAGGUACAUUCUGGCCACUUUUCCCAAUUUGUGUGACCUGCUUGUAAAUGGCGUACGGCGGAGAGCAACGGUGGUUAAAGUGGGAGAGAACGGGAGGAUACUUAGGAAACUGGACGAUCCUGAUGGCAAGGUUAUCUCCUUCCUCACAAGCGCUGUGGAGUUCCAGGAUCAUCUUUACUUGGGGAGUCUCAAUGCCGACUUCCUCGGCAAACUGCCUUUAACGGACACCUGACCUAUGUGCACUCUCUCUUCUCUUUUGUUUAACUGCCAUGGCUAUAUUCUCCCAACCUAAAAAGUUAACCAUAACCUUUAGUUUGGUUGUCUAAAGAAUGCAUGCAUCGCACUAAUAUAUUUUCUGCAGUUCUUUAA